AACGUAUUAAAUUCCCUUUCUUGUGGCCUCUAGGUUUAAAUUUUCUUCCGGGUUUAGAUCAUUGUCAGUUUUGAAAUGCACUCUGUCAGAAUUUCCUAUUGUCUGAGAAUAUAACUCGUAGGAAAAGUAUCAUAAUACAAUAAUAUUUCAACUGGACUAAGUCAGAAGCUCACCAUUACCACGAUUGUUUACAGAGAGAAAUGAGUUAAGCAAUGGCAGCCCUAGCUAUGAGUGGGGCACCUCCACCGUUGCCAAGCAGGUCUGGACGACCAGAGCCACCAGCAGUUCGCACACUCCCUCGUAGGAGCUCCACAUCCAUCGACCGAUUACAGCCUCCCCAAUAUCCGAGAAACCGACGCCAAUCAGACGGAGAAUUACCACCACCCCCGCCAAGAAAUAGACGUGAUCCGCUCCCGCCCGUUCCUCCGUCGAUUGGAAGUUUGCCUAACCCCCCGGCGAAUCAGCAAAGACAAAGUUCUCCAUAUAGCUCACAAACUUUGCCGAGGAAUUCCCGAAGUGACUCUAGCCUUCAAAAUCAAGUUGCAGCCCCUCCCGUGCUUCCCCCACGGAGGGGCGCGUCCCUACAUGGCGCACACUCCCCCAGUACUAGGCCUCACCUGAUGAAUGGCUCCUAUCCAACUCCCAUCCAGGAAAGCGAUGAUCUGGAGUCACGUUUUCAUUUCCACGAUGUUAACGAUCUACCACAACCCCCAGAAUUUAAGGAUGCGAGGAAAAAGUAUUCGAGUGAAGGUAAGAAAACAAUCAGAAUCGUACACCAUGAAGAGGGAAAAACCCUAAACAAACUCGCUAGUGUUGAAAGAAAAUUAAAGGGACAUAUAUUCAAUAAAAAUCGCUCUAUAUUAUAUAUGUCUGUAAUAACACCAGUAUUUAAUUAUUGCAAACACUGUUUAACCUCCAAGCAGGCAUAUGAAUAUAUAAUUUUGGUGAUUAAAUAAUUAUUGUCUUGCAAGACAAUUAUUCUUCCUUAUAUAUUUCUUUACACUAAAAGCGGUUAUGUAACGUAUUUUUAUGAGGUUUCUCUUGUUUUUUGUACAAAAUAAAUGUGUUUGUUAGUCAUUGGUAUAUAAUCUUAUGCCAUUGAGAGGUUUCACGAGAAAAAAAUGGUUGCCAUCACUUUAGCCUAACAGUUAAUGUCCCUUUAAAAGUCAAGAUAUGAUGCAUAGCAUAUAUAGCUAGUGUAAAAAAAAAAAAAAAACCCACCAUAAUCUAAAGUCAUGAUUCUUGAUAUAGCGGUCUUCAUUUAAGAAAUGAAAUACGCAUUUGUGGAUGUUGCAUGGUAACCUCUGAGGUCGAGGAAUGUUGUUAUGAAACAUGAAAUAUGAGGCAUUAGCCGAGGCUUAUAUAUUUCACACAGGCACCUGAAGAAUGGAUAUUACUACC